UGAUGGAACGCGGAUAUCUUUUUAGUCUACUUUCUUUCCUUCGUGUCGUGCGUGCGGUUCGGCUGGGAGUUCCUCGCACGGCGUUUACUGUAUGUUGGCCCCUCCUGCAAAAGGGCGCGAGCUUCUUUGCCCCUUGCGCGAACGCUGAGCGGGGCCAGCUUCCCGAGGAUCGUUCACUCCUUUGCUCAGUCAGCGAGGGAGCGCGCGGCAGCCGCAGCCAGCAACCACUGUAAAAAGAGCCUCCUUUCGCUCCUCCUCCCUUUCUCCCCCACUCCCCGAUCUUGGAAUUGCCUCAAUCUUUCGGCAUGGGUAGCGGUUGAGAGACUGAAGCAAAAAGAGAAAGGUGUUGCUGAGCAGAGUUAGCGAGGAGCGACCGAGAAAAAGCGCAGCGAGAGGAUUCGCACUCUCGGACCACAGCCUCGCUUUGCCGAUUGCGGUCGCUGCGGAUUGUUGCCGCACACAUCCAGGAUGGGGCACGAAAAUCGCCGAUCUCCGGGAGUUUCAGCAACAGGCGCGGAAACUUUAGGGUCGAGACGGGUCCCUACUGCUGCUGUCCUCUUCACUUUGCUAUUGAGCACCUUUAGCUCUGCUAUAGACCAAAAGAAAGUUUGUCAAGGAACAAGCAAUAAGCUAACCCAACUUGCAAGCGUGGAUGACCACUAUAACAACCUUAAGAGAAUGUAUGAGAACUGUGAAGUAGUGCUUGGCAAUCUGGAAAUCACUUAUGUGGAUUACAAUUAUAACCUUACUUUUCUAAAGAGUAUACAAGAAGUGGCUGGCUAUGUGGUUAUAGCAAUGAAUGCAGUGAAAACUAUUCCUUUGGAGAAUCUCCAGAUAAUACGAGGGAACACACUUUAUGAAAAUGCUGCACUAGCAAUUUUAUUAAAUCACAAUGGUACAGCGGGACUUGAAGAGCUGCCAUUAAGACGCUUGGCAGAAAUUCUAAAUGGAGGAGUAAAGUUCAGGAGUAACCCUUACCUCUGCAACAUGGAAAAUGUUCUGUGGGAUGACAUUUUUGAUAAAAAUAAUAUUCGGAGUUUUGUACAGUUUGACACCAGUGAAAGAACAAAAAGGUUAACAAACUCUCAUAUAUCCUGUUCUCCUUGUCAUCCGAAUUGCACAAGAGGACAUUGCUGGGGUGCUGGUGAAGAGAAUUGCCAAAUAUUAACUAAGAUUGACUGUGCAGCACAGUGCUCAGGUCGAUGCAAGGGAAGAUUGCCAAGUGACUGCUGUCAUACUCAGUGCGCAGCAGGAUGUACAGGUCCUAAAGAAAGUGACUGCUUGGCAUGUCGCAAGUUUUGGGAUGAUGCAACUUGCAAGGAGUCUUGUCCACCUUUACAAAUAUACAAUCCCUAUACUUAUCAGUUGGAAGAUAACCCAGAAGGAAAAUACAGUUUUGGAGCAACUUGUGUAAAAAACUGUCCACAUAAUUACGUAGUAACAGAUCAUGGCUCAUGUGUCCGAUCAUGUAAUGCAGACUCUACAGAAGUGGAGCAGAAUGGCAUUCGAAAAUGUAAAAAAUGUGAUGGUCCUUGUAGCAAAGUGUGCAGUGGAAUUGGAAUAGGUGAACUGAAAGGUGUUCUUGCAGUAAAUGAAUCCAAUAUUGAUUAUUUCAAGAACUGUACCACAAUCAAUGGUGAUCUCACAUUUCUGCAUGCUUCCUUUUUUGGUGAUGAAUACACAAAAACACCUCCUUUGGAUGUAAGGAAAUUGGAUAUUUUUAAAACUGUUAAAGAAAUCACAGGGUUUCUAUUGAUCCAGGUUUGGCCUGAAAAUGCCACGGAUUUGAGUAGCUUUGAAAACCUGGAAGUAAUACGAGGUAGAACAAGACAGCUAGGUCAAUACGCUCUUGCAGUAAUCAACCUGAAUAUCAAAUCUUUGGGACUACGGUCUCUCAAGGAAAUAAGUGAUGGAGAUGUAGCCAUUUUGAAAAACAGCCACCUUUGCUACGGGAAUACAUUGGAUUGGAAUAAACUUUUUGUAACACCAAAACAAAAAAUAAAAAUAAGCAGAAAUGGAAAUGAAAGUGAAUGUGCUCUUACAGGACAAGUUUGCCACCCCUUCUGCUCAAAUAUAGGCUGCUGGGGCCCGGGACCCUUCCAGUGCUUUUCUUGUCGUGAUUUUAUCCGCCAACAGGAAUGUGUAAAACAUUGUAAUAUUUAUCAAGGAAUGCCUCGAGAAUAUGAACAAAAUUCUGAGUGCUUUCAGUGCCAUUCAGAAUGCCUUGUGCAAAAUUCAACUGAACCAUAUUUAACUUGCACAGGACCUGGUCCCGGCAACUGCUUGAAGUGUGCUCACGUAAUAGAUGGUCCACAUUGUGUUAAAUCAUGUCCUGCUGGCAUUUUGGGAGAAAAUGAUACUUUAGUCUGGAAAUAUCCAGAUGAAAAUUCAGUAUGUCAGUUGUGCCAUCCAAAUUGUGUUCGUGGAUGCAAAGGACCUGGACCUGAAGGCUGCCCUAAUGGAUCUAAAAUCCCAUCCAUUGCUGCUGGAGUUGUUGGGAGCAUUCUUUGCUUGGUUGUUAUAGCCCUGGGUAUUGGUCUUUUUGUGCGUAGACGUCGGAUUGUUAGAAAACGUACUUUGCGCAGACUGCUGCAAGAAAGAGAGCUUGUUGAACCUUUGACACCAAGUGGAGAAGCACCAAACCAAGCACUUCUAAGAAUCUUAAAAGAAACAGAAUUUAAAAAAGUAAAAGUCCUUGGCUCUGGAGCUUUUGGUACUGUCUAUCAGGGUCUCUGGAUUCCAGAAGGAGAAAAAGUUAAAAUUCCGGUAGCCAUUAAGGAAUUAAGAGAGGCUACAUCACCCAAAGCUAACAAAGAAAUUCUUGAUGAAGCAUAUGUGAUGGCAAGUGUUGAUAAUCCCCAUGUGUGCCGUUUGCUGGGAAUUUGUCUCACAUCAACUGUCCAACUCAUCACCCAGCUUAUGCCCUAUGGCUGUCUUCUUGACUAUGUCAGAGAACACAAAGAUAACAUUGGAUCCCAGUACCUUCUCAACUGGUGUGUGCAGAUUGCAAAGGGAAUGAAUUACUUAGAGGAACGUCGUUUGGUACACCGUGAUUUAGCUGCCAGAAAUGUCCUUGUUAAGACACCCCAGCACGUGAAGAUCACAGACUUUGGAUUGGCCAAAUUACUUGGUGCAGAAGAGAAGGAGUACCAUGCCGAAGGAGGCAAAGUUCCAAUUAAAUGGAUGGCUUUGGAGUCAAUUUUGCAUCGCAUUUAUACCCAUCAGAGUGAUGUUUGGAGUUUUGGUGUCACUGUUUGGGAAUUAAUGACAUUUGGAUCUAAACCAUAUGAUGGUAUUCCAGCCAGUGAAAUUUCCUCUGUUUUGGAGAAAGGAGAACGGUUGCCUCAGCCCCCCAUAUGUACAAUUGAUGUGUAUAUGAUUAUGGUCAAAUGUUGGAUGAUUGAUGCAGAGAGUCGUCCUAAAUUCAGAGAGUUAAUAGCAGAAUUCUCCAAAAUGGCGCGGGAUCCCCAACGCUAUCUCGUCAUACAGGGAGAUGAAAGAAUGCACCUGCCCAGCCCAACAGAUUCCAAAUUUUACCGGAGUCUAAUGGAAGAAGAAGACAUGGAGGAUAUUGUGGAUGCAGAUGAAUAUCUAAUUCCCCAUCAAGGAUUUUUCAGCAGCCCAUCAAACUCACGAACACCUCUCUUAAGCUCAUUGAGUGCUACAAGCAAUAAUUCUGCAGUAACAUGCAUAGAUAGGAAUGGGCAGGGACAUCCAGUGAGAGAAGACAGCUUUGUCCAGAGAUACAGUUCAGAUCCAACUGGAGUUUUCCUAGAUGACAGUCUGGAUGAUGGUUUUCUGCCUGCUCCAGAAUAUGUAAACCAGCAAGUGAGCCCAAGAGAAGCAAGUGCAUCUGCUUCUAUGGUACAAAAUCCCGUCUACAAUGCUUUCUCACUUCCCAUUGAUCCAAAGCCUAUGAAUGAUUCAAAUCAUCAAAAGCUGUAUAACACAGCACUGGAUAACCCAGAAUAUCUCAAUACAAGCCUCUCACCUUUGGCUAAUACAGUUUUUGAUAGCUCCUCCUACUGGGACCAGACAGCCAACCACCAAAUCAAUCUGGAUAAUCCAGACUACCAGCAAGACUUCUUGCCCAGAGACAACAAGCCUAAUGGCAUUGUUAAACUUCCUCCAGCUGAGAAUCCAGAGUACCUAAGGGUAGCAAUGCCAAAAAAUGAAUACAUUGAAGCCUCAGCAUGACCGUGGUAGAGACUUUGUAUUGUCUCAGCAAUGCAGGAAAGAAACACAGAUGAAAGAGUUGUUUGCUAUAUAGGAACAGACUAUGGUUAGAUUAAAAAUCAUCAUUACAUUUUGUAGUACACUUUUAGCUUCCAAGUGUCUGUACAGUUUCAGGAAGUUUGCCUAGAAUUUCAUUUAUUUUUGUGUUUACAAAAGAUGCAACAAAGAACUAAGAAAUAUCAACCAGCAAGCAAUGUUUUUUCUUAAGCUAUAUACAAGCACAGCAUUUUUCUGAAUAUUAACUGCUGUAUUAAUCCACCUUAAGUCCUUUUGAUACAGUAUCUUUUAUAGGUCAUUUGUGGUACUUCUUUUAAAAAGCCUUUAUGACAGCAAAUGACAAGUUUAUGCCAUGUGGAUCGUAGUGAGAGGAGCACAGGGUAAGUGGAAGGAUUUAAGACUCAAAUCAUUUUGCCAGUCUCCUUAAUAGAGUUACCAGCAGUUUGAUUUAAAGAGAAGUUUGUUCCUAUACUUCAGUCCAGCUAUUUGAACACCAGCUUAUUUGCCAUUUUAUUUGCAAUGAAAAUAGUAUUUUUUAAUGUGAGAAUUCUGCUCAAUAUAACCUUUAAUUACAUUGGGAGAAAGAAUGCCUAGUUCUUCAUACAGCAUACACUGCCACUACUAGUGUUGGGAAGUUCUGCAGGUUUCAAUUCAGGAAUGUUUUGAAAUGUUUGAAUUUUAUCAAUUCAAAAAGUUAGACAUUCAGGAAUAUCAUCAGGUACUCUGUCGUAUGUCUCUGUAAUACUCACUGUAGGUAUGAGCAGCAUUGUUGUCUGUUGUGGUUUUGUGCUUGUAUCUUAGUUUCAUGAUUUUAAAGGUAUGAAAAAUGAACUUAAACAUCUGCAAAUGGAAAACAUUGGUUCUUGUUUUGCACAUACAAAUUUAACUGCCUUGCUACAUUUAAACACAGUAUGUAUAUAAAGUGGUGAGGAAAUGCCAUUUGGCUAAAAUUGAAUUAUUGCACACAUAACUGUAUGCACUAAGGAUGGAUCUUGGGGAAAUCUAUUGCAAAAACUGAAAAAAAAAUUAUGCUGUGACUCAACUUUUAUUACAAAUUUAUGCAGAAAUUAUUGGUAGAGAAAUAUUAAUCUUGGAGAUAAUUGCACUGAGGGAAAAUAUUUCUGUACCAAAAUUCAGCACUAUACAAUAAAUAAAACCAGUUAAUUUGCAGGAGUCGUAUGAAGCAUAAUUCAGCAGCUGCAUUUAAACAAGUAAAUUAAUUUAUUCUCCCAAAAUAGCCCAUCGAUGUAGAAUGGUUUUAAGGCCAACCUGAUCAUUAUAUAUUAACUUGAUGUUCUAAUACAUUGCUUGUGCCUAUUUUUACUCAAAACUAAGUCCAAUUGAAUUCAAUACAGUUAUCUCUCUAAUAGUAUAGGAUUGCAAUCUAGUAGUGUAAUCUAGUAUAGGCCUAAUUUUAAAAUAAGAUCUAUUAAAUUUGGUGGGAUUUAUUUCUGUACUAAUAUGCAUAAUGUUAUAGUUGACUAAGCUUGGCUCCAUUGACUCUCCUGGGAGAGGGUGGCAAUGCUGUCUAAAUACCGUUAUCCCACUUAGUUUGAGUUUGUUACUAUGACAUAAAGCCACUAUAUAACAAUGUCCAUAUUGUUCAAAUAACGGUGAAUAUAAUCAUUAUAAUCCCUGGCUUAAUUAUAAAUGAAAAAUCAUUGAGCAAUAACUAUUCCUCUUUUUAAGAGUACUAUAAAUUCUGAUAGUAAAAUAUAUGUGGAAGGUAGCCUUGGGUAUAAUUCAUUAUGUUGGAUAAUGGCAUUUCAUAUCCAGGAAAUAUAAGGUAAAAAUCAUCACAUGGUGGAAAAAAACAAAUCACACACAUAGAUGUAUUAUCAAAACAUUGGUGAUGUUCUAAAUAGUUCGCUAUGAAGCACCAAUCAUCAUGAAUAUCUAUUCUUUACAAUGUUGUUGACUUGUUUCUGGGUAAUGGAAAUUAAAGACUAUAGAAACUAUAAAUAUAUCUGGAAACUCUGAAUUGGAGAAAACAAAUCCAGUAUCUUGUGAAAGUAUUCUAAAUAUUUUAGACAUUAAUUGCAUAGAAGAGACAAGAAUUCUUUCCAGAUUUAAAGUUGCCUGCAUAUAUGCUGAUAAUGGAUGCUAUCUGUUUGAUUGUAUCAAAUUUUCAGCAAUUUUCUAUAAACCCACUCUCUCCACAUUGUAUAACUUAUUUUACUUGUAUUAUGGUUUGGCAGUGUUGGCUUUGAUUAUAUCUAGCAACCAUGUUUUUAUGGUGGCCUCAUUUCCUUUUACUAAUGAUUCCGAACUUAACUGCAUUUUCCAGUGAGUUUGGCCAAAAUAUAUAAGGCGAAAUGAUUCUGGCUCUAUGUUUAGUUUUAUAUGCUCCACAUUUGCUUGUUUGUCACAUUUGCAUUUCCACAUAAGGAAUGUGGAAGAGCCUUUCCAAAACCACAGCUUGAACAAGUCUGUUUUUUUCACGGUCCAACUUUUGCAGCCAUAGGUAACUAUGGGAAAUAUGAUAGUGUGAGCUAAUUCUUGUUUAAUUGCCAGAAUGCAUACGUACCACAUACAUGAAAUGAGCUGCAUAUUCGUUUCCUGCUCUGAUUUGCAGGAAUUCGCCACAAUUCUGUACCAUUUUUAUGCAUUCUAUAUGCAUGAUGUCAAGUAAACAAAUUAUUUUGCCUAUAUAGCAGGAGGUAUACAAUGUAAAACCACUUUGGAUUGCUACAUGUAAUCAUUUUUUCUUUGAAAACUAAUACUGAUUCCCAGGCAAAAGAUUUGUGUAAAUUGCGGUUAUGUGUGAGGUCAUCCUAAGUGCAUUUUUGAACAAUGAUUUCAUUUUGGGGACUUAGAUAAUAAAAGAAAAACUACUACCUACCUCUUCAAUGUCAACAGUUGUUAACAUGCUCUAAUUUUCUAUGAUUUAUAUUUCUCUGUGAGAAAAUUCAUUAGAAAAAGUGACAAUUGUCUUUUGUUUGUUCUUCUCAGCCAUGUUUAAAUUGUGUAUCAAUAGUGUGAUCUAUAUAUCAUGCUGCUAGGGACAACUCUGCAGAUGUAGAAUCUUCAGUUGCUGUUAAGUAUAUUUCUUUCUCUUUAAGAUUCGUAUUACUUUUCAUAUUCCUUAUAAUCCACUUUUUAUCUGAUAUCAGAUUUUUAAAAGUAAGUCUUUUUAGAAAAAACAAUCAUAUAACUACACUACACUAAAAUACAUUUCUUUUUACAUAAAAAUGGAUAUUUGGAUAUUUAGAACUGAGGACAUUGUCAAGAAGGCAUUCUUGUUAUAAAUUCAUAAAUAGAAAAAUAGUUAUUACAACUUUCAUAGUUCUCAUUAUUAAUGUAAGAGAACAUUUAAUUGUGAUUGGGCAUGACUAGACUAGACUUCUCCUUUAAACAAGGAAGUAUGUACAGCACAUCAGUCAAUGAAUGGCAAAAAUUGCUCAUAUCUUUUUAAGAUAGGCUUCAGUGGAAACUUCAGUAUUAAUAUGGGUCCAGGGGAAUGGUAACACCACGGCCAUUUUCAUUAGACAGUGUUUAAGAGGCUGGACUGCUACCAGAAAGACCCAGUCCAUCUUUAGCCACAAAGGCUUCCUGGGUAACCUUUAGCUCAAUCUAGUGCAAAAGUUGAUUGGAGAAAAUGAAAGGAAGGGAAUAUUCCAUAUGCUAUAUAACUCUUCCAAAGAAAAGGCAGGAUAUAAAGAUAAUUUUAAAAUUACAGAACUGUACUAUAAAGAUAAAAGGAAUUGUAUAGUUGUUUGAUAAAAUUUAUAUAAUUCCAAUGGAAGAAAAUAUCUGUAGCUCAGGGUUGAAUUGCGGAGUCCUUGAUGUUCUCUGUGCUUGCAGAUGUUUUAUUUUUCAACUAAGCAACAUCAACAGCACUAUAACACACUAUUUAGAAAAAGAAAGUCAACUUCUGUGACCAGAUUCACUAAGGAAAAACUGUAUACACAACAUACAGGUAUAUAUGUGGGUAGCUAUUUGCUGUAUAACAAUUUAAUUUGCUAGCUAAGAACGGGGUGCAUAUUCUGGCCCAGAGCUCAUAAGUGUUUCACCAGGAAUUAGAAACUGAAUUCAAAACGAUCCUGUGGAAUUAUUGCGAGAUCAUUAAAAUGCAUUAGUUUUAUGUAGAGAUUAAAAUAGGUCUAUAAAGUAUUUGUAGUAUUUGUUUAGCUUUCAAACCACUGACUUGCAUUUCUGUCCCAAAUGGACAUUAUGCAGGAAUAAUAUCAGUUAUACAGGAAUAAUACAGAAUGCAUAUCAGUAGCUUGAGCAUUGUAAAUACAGUCAUCUAUUAAAGCAGCUUGUAUACCAAUUGAGGAAUUAUAAUCCAGUUAAUUGGAGCAAUAGACAAAUUAAGAAAUAACACAGAUAAAUGCCACAUUUUGUAUUGGUGUUUUAGUGUUAAUCUGUGUAUAUCAAGUGAUGAAAAAUAUUUGUAUAAUUCUUUUCCAUCUUUUAAUAUGUGGGAUUUAUUGUAAUAUAGCGUAUUACAUUUGUUGUGUAGUAAAGGACAGCCUUUUGGUGUUAUUGAUACUGAAAGGUCUGCUUUUGUUUGUUUUUUUAACUUGAUACUUGAAAUUAUGUCAACAUGCAGAAUGAUACAGAAAUUAAGAGAAUUGUUAUUAUUGUCCCAAUGUAUUCAUAUAGAAUCAUAUUCCAGCAAAAUUAAUGGAAAUUGGUCCUUUAAAAUGUUGGGGUAACAAUAUUAUAACAGUUAUUUACCGCAUUGAUUGACCUUUAAGAUGUUUAUUCCUGCUGCCCGGUCCAAUAAUCAACAAUAACCAUACAAUUAAGACAGGACAUUUAUUUGAGGCAAUCUGGAGAAUUUUUUAUUUCCAAUGUGUUAUUUCUGGAUACAUUAAUAUUCCAGGUAUUCCAGAAGAUUAUCUUGCAAGUGUUGAAAAUACAAUACUUCAGAUACAUCAGCAGGAAGGAAUUAAAAUCAGAGAUCAUAUCAAGAGAGAAAAAGACAGACAGAGACUGUCUAUGCUACAAAAUUCCACAGUUUGGUUUUAUGUAAAUGAAUUUGUGUCUCUCUAAAUAAUAUUGUUUGAUAAAAUGUUAGAUAUUUGAACUACUUUGAUCUGCUUUGUCUGCUUUGAUUCUUUAUAAUUCCUAAAUUUCUGGGGAAAGAAUAAAUGGGAUAUUUUUCUAUAUGCUCCACAUUAUAAAUGUAAAUAUUAUUUUCUUCAUAAUCUGAGAGAGAAAGAGACAGAGAGAGACUACUGUACAGAAAAGAGAAAGUGGAAACAGCUUUAUGAAAUGACAGUAGUGUCUUGAUAAUUCCAUAUUAGAUUAAACCUAAAGAAAUGCAUUUUAUAAAACUUUUCAAAAAAAGCACUUUGUAAAAAAGAAAUGGCCACUUUAAUAUUUUGUGUUUUUUCUUACAAUCCAUUCUGGAAGUGGAAGUGGCAUAAGCUACCAAUAUUUUUUUAAUGCAAAAUACUUUUAGUCGUAAAUUUCACAUUCCUUGUUUUAAAAAAUAACUGUAAUUUGUUUUUAAAGCAUGGUUGUAUCUCAAUAAAGCCUAUCAAACAACCCUC